GAGGGAACGUAGGAUUUGGCCACAGUUUGCCUUUUGGCUUUUUCUGUGCUUUUUUCUAACCCCCCGUUCAGAAGGCAAACACACACAAGAACCUACAGUAACUUGGACUCCUUCUUAUAAAACACCUUCAAUCGUUCCCCAAUCACCCUCUAACUCUGUCUCUCCUCUUCAUUUUCCCCAUUCUUCAGCCCCCAUUUCCUUCUUUCUCUUUCUCUCUUCCAUUCUUCUAUUUUGAGAAUCAGCAACAUGGACAAUCAACUUCAACGCAACCCUCUUCUAACUUGGGCUUACUUCUGCCAGGGAAAGUCAAUGGAGGAGCUGAAGCAAACCCUCAUGUACACUACUCUGGAGCUUGAACAAACAAGAACAGUAGUUCAAGAUGAGCUGAGAAAGAGGGAUGAACAGGUUCUUACCCUGAAGGAGCUUCUCAACAGAGUCAUGAGAGAAAGAGAUGAAGCACAAGAGAAAUGCCAGAGACUUCUCUUGGAAAAGCUAGUUUUCCAAAAACAGCAACAACUAUCUGGAAUUUCCAGCAUUGAAGAUGACCCCAGGAGAGGAAUUGACUCCAACAAUGGCCUUUCAUCAUCAGAUUGUGAAGAAAGCAUUGUUUCCUCUCCAGUUAUUGACCAUUUUCACCAAUUGCCACCACCACCGCCGCAGCCGCAGCCGCAGCCAUUGCCCUCCAUGACAGAGUUGAUAUCACCAGAUAAGCCUUUACCAGAGAAGGGAAAGCUCUUACAAGCAGUGAUGAAAGCAGGUCCUCUGCUUCAGACUCUGCUCCUUGCAGGACCACUUCCUCAGUGGAGACACCCGCCACCGCCACUGGAAUCCUUUGAGAUCCCUCCGGUGACCAUUCCUUCACCGCAGCCGCAGCUCCUCCACCAAGAUUCCUUUAACACUAACGGGAGCACUGGCGGCACCGGCACCGGCACCGGCACCGGCACCGCCACCGCCACCAACUGUGGAAGGUUCAGCAGAAAAAGAGUACUCUGUGAUGGAUCUGAUUCCCCUGCAGAAACCAAGUACCAGAGGAUUGUACUCCACUGACUAGACUAUUACUAAGUCAGAUUUAUCAUUCACCCACUUAGUUUUUUUAAUUUCUAUAUAUAGAUAUGAUUACAGUGGUUUUUACCCACUUAGUUUAUAGGAUUAAAGGUUAGGAAUAGCAAGGUGGUCUUUAAUUUAUAUAUGUACAGUGGUUUGUUCAAGAGCAGAAGCAACCAGGAUUUAACUCAGCAGGAACAAGAUGAGAUGAAAAUGCUUGAUUUUGGCUUUCUGGGAAUGUUGUUGGAGUGAAGAAAAUGCUUAGGGUAUGUUUGGAUACUAAUUAGCAUUAUGCCAACCGGUGUUAGCACUCAUUUCAAAGCAGAAUCACUUCGAAGCAAAAGUGACUAGAACUCAACUGGUGGAUUGAGAUGAAAGUGUUUUUGCGUUAACUCAACUAGUAUGGUGGAUUGAGAUGAAAGUGAUUUUGCGUUAACUCAAUUGAUAUGCAGACGACAGACGUUCCCUUAUUCACAUUCUACUUUUGUUUGGUGUGAAGGGAAAAAGGGUCACUGAAAUUGUAAUUGUAAUGUAACUAAGUAACUGUAGUUCAUCAAGUGAUUUGAGGUGUGUGAGAUUGAUUUUGAAGAUCACAAGAACAGUUAAGAGGAUAGGUGAUUGGGUGGUGUAGUCGUUGGGGUAGGGAGAUGGUGUGGCCAACAACCAAACGGGUAAAAGCCUUGAGCUUUGAGUGUAGGGUUGAGUGGACCCACAAAUCGGAAUCAGGAUCUAUUGCUGGUGUGAUGUAUGAUUAUAUUAAGCUUUUGUUGUUAGACAAGUUAUCAUUAAUCAAUUUUUAGUUUGUUCUUC